CUUGCUCUAGACUAUAAUUCUUUAUUCUUUCAUAACUCACAUACUUACUUGAGCGUCGGAGUGCUUUGUGCAGGUGCUCCCGCCGCUGUGUUUCAGAGUGUCGAGGUUUAUUCGCAACAGUCCCCGGACGACGUAUAGCUCAACCAAGGACCUGAGCAGUUACCCGGAAGACCAUACACCUCGGCUCACACAGAACAGAACAAAUGUAGUUAUAGAUUUGUAGGGCCAACCAUGUUAUGUCUAUCUGUACUUGUUAGAAUUGUUUUGUUUUUGCUUUGAAAAUGCUUGUAACAAUGUCUACUAUUCUGCUAACAUGAAGGCAUGCUUUUUCUGAAUCAAUCUAAUGUUUCUUCACCUAUGUAAUUUUUUAAAGUUCCUUGCUUAGUUGCUUUCCCCGUUCUGUCUUUAUGAAUGUGUGUAAUUGCAGAACAUUCUUGAUCUUUGUGUAGUUUCUUAUGGUUGUUUGAUGAAUUGAGAAAUACAUUAUCUGAACAAUUAUGAAUUUUUGCCAUCUUUGAUAAUAUUUACUCGCAUUUUUGUAUUAUUUACUUCUACCUUUCAGUUACACAUGGGGGCUACCAAGCAUGGGCCAGCUUGGACAUUCUUCACUCCAGUAUGGAGAUAAAGAGUUACUGCCAAGGAGGGUGGUUUCCCUUGAUGGUAUUUUCAUAAAGGAUUUGGCAUGUGGCGGUGUACACACAUCUGCUCUGACUCAGGAAGGGGCACUUUACGCUCGGGGUGGCGGUCAAUCCGGGCAGUUAGGCCUUGGCCCCCAAACUGGGUUGUUCUCGUUCAUCACUAAUAACUUUCGUACAUUUUUCCGGAACAUCCCAGUUUUGGUUGCUCCAAAAGGCAUGAAGCUUGUCGCCUAUGGACAUUCCCACACGUUUAUUUCAAUGAGGGAUGGUCAAAUUCAUGGAUGGGGUUACAAUAGUUACGGUCAGGUAGCCAACGAGAAAUCUACAUAUGCUUGGUACCUGUCACCUGUUGACUGGUUUGUUGGGGAGGUCCGAAAACUAGCUGCUGGUAGGGGUCAUUCAUCUGUAUUGAUUGAUGCUUGUUCGUUAAAGGAGUUAUGUGAGCUUAUACUCGCAGAGACUCUGACUUUAUCUGAUGCCGCCAAGGUUGAGGAUAUUGCAUCCAGAAUUGGAUCAGAUGCUUUGGCUCGUCUCUGCGUGAGACUCAGGUACACGAAAGUAUUUUGUGAUGCCAAAAUGAAAAGAACUAGACAACUUGCUGGUACUUAUGUACCGUGCUAAGCGUCAAAAUGUUUCUAAGCUAUGCAAAACUGAACCUGAGGAGAGUUCUACUUGUUAAUCAUGUUUAUGUUAGAAGUUAGAACAUCAAUUUAGAAGUUAUCUGUUAAUAUCUUUUUGGCUUCAUUGACUUUGUUGUCCUUGACUUUAUGAAACUUGAGUUCAAAAUCCAUUCAUGAUUGUGGGAAAAAAGAAGUCCCUCCAUAAUAAUUGGUGACAUUUAUCCCUGUAUUCCCUUUUCUUGUACUGAGUUGUGGCUUUUUCAUUAAAUCACUUUUUUUUCUGAGCUAUGUUUAGCUAUCACAUUAACUCGGAUCUCUGACUCAGUUUUGAAUUCUGUGUUUCUUCAAUUUUUG